GGUCGUUAGUCCGUGAUUGACAACUUCAAACGCCUUCUGUGCAACCGGACCCGUCCUUUGUGCUCAAUCUUUGGCGACUUGUCUCGGGUCUAGAGGCUGGCGCUUCGCUGAGUCUGCUAGCCGGUCCGACGUCCUCCCCAGCCCCCUCCUCUACGUGUCUCUGGGCGUCGUCACCGUUACUUGAAUGAAUUCAUUUGCCAUGUCUCUCCAUACCUCUUAUCAUGCCGACUCGGAUGCGGACGACGAGUACGAGCGCAGCGUGAUUACCUCCCCCCAUCUGGCCACCGACUCCGAGGCCUCCCCUUCCGAAUCAGAAUUCCCGUCAGCAGAGCAUACUCCCACGACCUUAGCCAAUGUGGACGAGAAUCCCCGAUCGCCCCGAACAAUCAUCACGGAAUGGACUGCUGAGGAAUGUGCCAACUUUGUGGCCGCCCUUGGUCUCCGUCAAUACUGCGCCGCGUUUUUAGAAAAUGAAAUCGUCGGCGAAGCGCUCAUUGCUUUGAAGCAUGAUGAACUCAAGGAGAUGGGGAUCGCGAGUGUGGGACAUCGAUUGACUAUCCUGAAGAGCGUGUACGAAACGAAAGUCAAGCAAGAUAUUCCGAUUGAUGCAGAUCACUACAUUCCGCUUUCUGCGGACCAAAGUAUGAACGAAACCGCCACUCAGGACGAUAUUUCCCGGUUGAUUCGGUCCAUCCGCGUACGAGAUGACCGUAUCAUGUCUAUGGAGUCAGAAAUGCGACGGAUUGCAGAGGAAUAUCGUCGACUGCGCGAAGAGCUUCUGCCCGUGUUCAAGAUGGCGAAAGACAAGUCGCAGCCGUUGCCCCCGCCUUCUUCUGUGCCAGGAUCCGGGUCAGAAGGAUACCACGAUGGGCCGACGCUCACAUCGCCAUCCGGAAUCACUCUGUUGGAUCGUUCUGGGAGUAUCCUAUCUCGGACGUUCUCCAAGCGUAACCACACUGGCGGCACUACACCCAAAACCAACUCCCCUACCCAUAUUCCUCCGUCGAUCCACGAGGGUCGCAUGUACAGCGAUGGGCUAGAUCCGUCCACCGCGAAUUCCUCCCACUUGACUAUGCUGAACGGCAAGUCGCAAUUAUCUCCAGGCAUUCCGUCGCCGACCUCGCCAGGUAAUCAAUAUGCUCCACAGACCCUAGCCUCCCGGGCAUAUACACAACCGAGUUCCAGCAGCAUAAACCAUGUUUCUCAUAACCACCACGACGAUACCGCGGCGUCACAGUUGCGGCCGGAUCGUCUAAACCCCACACCAACACAAUCUACGCGCCCCGACAUCCCCACUCGUUCAGACUCAAGGGCGACUCAGGAUCCACCUAGUGUGGAAAUCUUCAAGUCUUUCCGCGUGUCGAUGGACGAUCCAUGCCACAAGGUCCUUCCGGCUGCACUCAAAAAGUACAACAUCAACGCGGAUUGGAAACAAUAUGCACUAUACAUUGUAUACGGUGAUCAAGAACGAUGUCUUGGGCUCGAGGAACGACCACUCAUUCUAUUCAAACAGCUCGAAAAGGAAGGACGCAAGCCCAUGUUUAUGUUGCGAAAGCAGGUCCAUCCCAUCGAUAGCGGCAUGUAUUCCGGGGGAGGGUCUGCACCGAAUAGUGCCGGCUUUGAAGGGGGACGACAGGCACAGAUCAAUCUGCCCGGCGGUGUGCUGUGAGCAGCGCACCGCAGCAUUAUUCUCGAUGGAAGCAUCAUCACGUUUAAUUGUCGCUUGAGAUACCCCCGGACCCUGACAUGGGGUCAUUUCAUUCCUCCCAUUCUUCUCGAUCUUCUCUUAAACCGUUUAUGCGGGCUUCUGUCCUUGU